UGACAAGUCCCCUGGGUUGUACGCCUCGAGAACUUUGACGGGGGAGCAUGACUGUGAGGCCAGCACAUCAAAACCGGACGGAGGCGUAUCUGGUGGGGAGUCCGGCGGUGGGAUGAAUGGGUAGGUGUUGCGGAGGCAGGACAGGAAGGAGUGGGAGGAGGAGGGGGAGAUGAGGUGCUCGGGAGAGCAAUCUGACAGGUCGUGGAGGACGGUGAAGAUGCGGAUCAGGGGGCGGGGGAAGGGGAAGGCGUGGGUCAGGUAGGUUGGCAUUUCUGGGCGGUUGUGAGGCUGAGGUUGUCGUUGUUGAUGACUGACUCGACUUGGCUGUGGCGUCGUUGGCCAGAAGGAUGUACUGCGUAGAGGACUCGGACUAUCGUAUCUCGUGAUUGCCCUCGUAGACAACAACAACAACAACAACAAGUCGUCAUCGAUGGCGGGGCUGGAUUCCAAAUCAUGCAUAGAUUGGUGUGGUGUAACGGUCUUGGCGGGGCGAGAUGGUGCUCAGCUUUCUAACGGUUCUCAAAAACCAGCCUCUCCUCCUUACAACAAUGUACCGGAUGGUCCAUCAUCAUUGAUUAGGACCUUUGAAAUGUUUCUUCCGUCGUGCAAGCUUCUGCACUCAGGGACCGAACCCACCAAACAGAAAGCGUCCUUUACAGUUCGUGUCGACACAUUAGGAUCUCGAAUGCAACCAUCUCUAACAUCGCCCUCGGCCUGCAUUCAGUCCCACUCGGCCGAUGCGACGUGCAGGACUUCAUCUCGCGACCAAGAAGCAAGAUCGACAGGGCGGCAACGACGGCGAAUGGAGUUUGUUGAUGAGGAAUCUCACAGCUCUGGAAAGGGGAGAGUCGGUCCUGAACUUGGGUCCAUGAGAGACAACCAGCCCUGUGAACCAAGAAUCCAAGUCCAACUCCAUCAGACCGACGUGGCUUGCCUAACUAUCUUUCUAUGGAUCAGUUUUGUACGAGCAUUUUCUGCAUAAAUAACAAUGUGAUGGCCGACCCCAGGACAGCAGAGGCCAUUGCCUUAUCGUAACCAAAAGGGCAACUGUUCGCAGCCUAUAACAUGGCUUAAAACAGGGGGUUUUAUUUGCAAAUAACUCCCCAGCUAGCACCAAGACAGGGAGCGGGCUUUGCCAAGAAACGGCCCCUGCUGUGUUGAAUGUCUUGGUGGUGAGAACUAAACCCUACCCCAGCUCCUUGCCGAUGGCAACCUCACGCACCUCGACGGCCCAGCCGGCCAUCUAUCUGAUGGGCCACGGCCGACCAAAGGAUUUUUUGUUCCCGUCUCUGUCCCAGUGUCGAUCUCUUUUAUCUUUUAUUGCGCCGCUCUUUACCUUUGGUUCUUGUUUCUUUUCUGUUCCUCCCGACAUAUGUCGACCACAAAUCCCUACGGCUACACCAUGGCCGCCACACACGAUCAAGGCCUCGAGCCAGCGCGCCACGACUAUCCAGAGGUCACAGACCCUUCCCACUGCGCACCGGAAUACGUGCCUCCCCAGCCACUGGCCAAUGAGCCGAUGAAGCCGUAUGGGAGUACCUACGUGACUCCCGCCGCCCCUUAUGAGCUCUCACACACGAGGGAAUCAUCCUCGGCAUAUGGUGGACAUGUAGCAACGGCGGCACCACCUUACGAUAUGCACGAUCAGGUCCGGUUGCGAGCAUUGCCCCCAACAGAUCCGUCAUCAUCGAUGAGCUCGGAAAAGCCCCCUUCUCACCACCGGAAAAAGACAAUAUUCGGCUGCACAACAAUGGUGUUUGUUCUCUCGUGCAUCAUUGCGCUUCUGUCGAUGGCGGUGAUUGGGCUGGCAGCUGCCGCGGGGAUGGAGGCGCACAGGGCGAACACCAACGCGAGCAGGAUGGCGGUCAUGCUUGCUGAGAGCAAUAGUACGUGUGGGGGGUUGGAGUCGGUUUCUGACGCCGAGCCCGAGCCUGGUACCGGUUCUGGUUCUGAUUCCAACACUACUCCCGGCAGCACAAGAACCGUCACCGUCACCAUCUCCGCUGCUGCUGCGGCGACCGAGACUGUCAGGGUCACUCCUGCUUCUGCCAUCUCCGCCGUUGACGACGGCUGCUCGGAAAACCCUGAGAAAGUCCACGGGUCGACUUAUACUUCUUACAAACGCUUCAACUCUUUGAAAUUCACCCGCUACUGCCAACGAGAUCCAGACGGCUCGCUCCUGAUGGUGAUUUUUACCUCGACUUUUGAGCAGUGCAUGGACGCGUGCGCGUCGUACUCGACUUAUGUAGCGGAGUCGUUCCCCACGGGAGGCGCAAAGACGAGGUGUGACGGGGUUAGUUUUAUUCCGGAGUGGGCGGAUAAGGCUGCUGCGAGUAAAGAGAAUUCGAGGGGGAAUUGUUACCUGAAGAGUGGAGUUAAGGGGGAGGGGGGAGAGAAUGGGAAGAAGGUCAAGGUUCAUGCUGCUAUUUUGCAGGGAUAGUUAAGUUGGGGGAGGGGAGGAGUGAUACCCAGGGUGUGUGUGCGUGAGGAGUAGGUAGUAGAUUGGAUUGGUUUGUUGUGCGAUUAUAAUGGGAGGACAUUGGGAAACGUUGAGGAAGGGUGGGGUAUGAUGUGUUUAUCUGGGCUUUGAAUUUGACUGGAUUGAUUGUUCAGCUUGCUCUUUUUCUUCUUUGGCGCUAAUAAAUACCUGUAUGAAAAACUGGUGCGUGAGUCUGAC